AUGCUCUAUACUCCACCUUCGACACCACCUCCUGAGAACAAAUAUGAUCAACAAACCCUCGAUUUUGCCCGUGAAAUCGCCAAUUCAGAUCAUCAUCGUAUUAAUACAGAUGAAUUGGAGAGAGAAGCGGAAACGAACUUCUCAACGUCAAGCGAGGAAGAUGAUGAAUUAGUGUCUCAAAAUCUCACAAGAGCUCGGAGGAAGAGACUUCGAAGAAAUAAACUCAAAGAAGCUGCUUCCCACCGCCUACAGAUUAUCGGACUGGAAUUGCCUCCUCCAGGCGAUGAUCAAAUUGCAUGA